CACAAAAAUUCGAUUACAUAUGCUGGGCCCAAAGGCCCAACAAAUCCAACGGCCCACAUUAAUCAAGUCACACAUUUGUACGUAUAUUAUAUACAUAUAUAUAUAUAUAAUAAAUUGCUGCUAUAAGAAGCAAAACAUUAACAUCCCUGCAAUAUGUUCCCCAAAUUCCCCCACCACCCUUCUCCGCCGCUGUCCCACCGCGGCGCCGCCCCGGAAACCGAUACCAAAUCCCACAGCCCCCUCGGCGGAGGCAGCGGCAUCCCCCUGCCCCCGCCGCCAGUUCCCAACGACGGCGCCAGCAUCGAGGUCAUCCGCCGCCCCCGAGGCCGGCCGCCGGGCUCCAAAAAUAAGCCCAAGUCGCAGGUCGUCGUCGCGCGGGAGCCGUCGGAGCCCACAAUGAGCCCCUACGUGCUCGAACUCCCCGCCGGCGCCGACAUAGUGGAGGCGACGGCGAGGUUCUCCCGGAAGCGCGGCAUCGGCCUCUGCAUCCUCAGCGGAAACGGCAUCGUCACCGACGUCACUCUGAAGCAGCCGUCGGCGGCUCCCGGCGCCGUCGUCAGCUGCCGCGGUCGCUUCGAUAUACUGUCGAUUUCCGGCACGAUACUCCCGGCCGGAGCCGGCGGGGGGGACGCCGCCGCCGGGAACGGGAUGUUCACACUGUCCCUGGCGGGGCCCCACGGGCAGGUGGUGGGGGGUCUGGUGGUGGCCCCUCUUGUCGCCGCCGGCACGAUUUAUCUGGUGGCGGCUACGUUCAACAACCCGACUUUUCACCGGCUGCAGCAGACGGAGGAGGAGCAGGAUUUGGCGGCAGCCGGCGGAAAUGGGAGACAUGAGUCGGCGGUGGCAGGUGGAGGUGGCGGCGGUGGAGUUUCGAUGUACAACUACCAGCCGGCCGGCGACGUUGUAUGGCCGCCGGCGGGUAGGCAGCCGUACUGAUAGACACCUCCGAUUAUUUUGUGAGAUAUAUAUAUAUAUAUAAUAUAGAUUGACCGGCGUUCACAUUUGUGUGAGUCUGCUCUGCUGAAACUGAAAUUCCGUAGUUGUCGUUUUAUCUUUAGGGUUGAAGGAGUUAUUGGUCGUUGUGAUCAUUUAUUUAUUUAAUUAAUUACUUUAAUGUUUAUACAUGAACUUUAUCUUA